GAACUACGCAAAGUGGUGCCAAAAGACACACCAACCACGGCCGGUCUACAAGUGUUCGAAGAAGACACACGCAUGAGUGCUGACUCACUAUUUGCUUCACCCUCAUUAAGAACAACCGAAUUCCUUCAAAAUGACGAAUCACAGAGUUCAUUACACAGUAGUACAAGUGCAACGGUUGAAAGUUCAGCGAAGAAAAUCCGAUCGAAAAUUGAAGUAGUCGAUCCUGAAGGAAGGACGGAAUUCACCGUGGAUAUGAUAGCCGAAUACGAUUGGCCACCGCCAAAAGGAUGCUGCCCGUCUCGAAAUCGUGAUACGUUCAUGGUCCAAGAGCAGAUUGCCGAAUAUUUGGGUGUGAAAAGUUUUAAGCGAAAAUAUCCGGAUUUGCCGCGACGCAUGGUGGAAAUGGAGGAACGAAACUACCUUUUGGAAAAGGGACUCGUUUCGGAGAAAAUGUGCGAUUUAGGUUUAACCGCUGUGCUAGCAAGUGACAUUUUGGAUAUCAUGAACAAUGACUUUUACGAAAAAUACGAAGAGUAUCGAAGGUACUUGCGUGAGAAACAAAUACGAGACUUGGCCGCACGACAGAAGCAAAUGCAGGCCGGAAUUCUCGGCAAAAGUCUGAGUGCACGAGAAAAUGCGAUGCGAGCAGCAUCUAUGUGGAACACUGAUUUCAAUCGAUCGCGAACGGAAAAUCGAAACGAAUGUUUGGAUCUACAAAAUUUCGUGAUACAAGUCCCAGAGGUUCAUCGAAAUCGACAAAACCGUCCAGUAACGAAACCUUCACACUAUCCCGUUGCACUGGUUCCUGGCCAGUUCCAAGAGCACUAUCGGAAGUACAGUGCAGCUGAACUACUGUGUUAUCCAAUCAAUACAGUUCUAGCGGAUCCGUAUCAACUAGACAAAAAACUGCGAGAGUAUUACAAUAGAGUUCGACGAUCGCAUUACAACAGCAUCGACGAAAGUGGAGACGACAGUGACAGCAGCUGUUCGUCGGAUAGUGAUAGCGAUGAUUCCGAUAGUUCAGAUGAUUCGAGCAGUUCAAGCGAUGAGUCUAGUGACGAAGAAGUUGUAGUUAAAAAAGCAGAGAAAAUCGACGACAAAACCAAUUUGGAUAUAAAACCACCGACAGAUAGUUCGAAACUAGUGCCGAAAAUUGACAAGAGUGAGCGGAAGAAAUGUCAAAUUUGUGAUGGACCUGAACGGUGCAAUCAACAACAGAAACCAGAGAUUUUUGUUAGCUGUACUAAUUGUAAAGGAAACGCACAUCCAACUUGCUUAAAAAUGUCAGCACGGAUGGUGCGCCGUGUUAAUGAGUACGCCUGGCAAUGCAAAAAGUGUAAAAAUUGUAUAAAAUGUCGACGUAGUGAGAAUGAAGACAAGAUGCUAUUCUGUGACCAAUGCGACCGAAGCUAUCAUAUUUAUUGCAUUGGACUGAGGAAAGUUCCAAAUGGCAAAUGGCAUUGUGCAGUAUGUACUGUGUGUACGUUAUGUGGUGCUCGACGUCCGGAAGGUCACAACAAUCCGAAUUUGACGGUACAGCAAAAGCAGAAGUUGUUGGCCGUUGCCAAAUGGACGCAUGAAUAUCAAGAGAAUCCAGUGACGAGAGAACAGGAGCAUGUAUCAGUUUUGUGUACAUCGUGUAUGGCCAUAAAACACAGUGCAGCUAAAAAUGUUUACUUCAAUUAAAGCGAAGUGAAGCACAUGCUGAUAUGCGGAAAUCACUGUGCAAUCGAUCGAGUGUAAUCACAGCAGGCUAGUGCGUUAGCCUAAGUGACAAACAUGCGAUAUUCAAUGAAUAUCGUUAUAGAAAAAAAGCCAUGGCAUCAACAAUAUUGCUCCGGAUAGAACAAAAGAGAAAAAAAAACGAAAAAUCGUGCAGCAAAAAUAUGUGAAUAAGUUCUUGCGAGAAACUUGUCUUUUUUUACGAUGAACGAAAAAAAAGAACUGGAAAUUUCUCAAAUGAAACAUAUUUAUUUGACGAAAACUCUUUGCUGCAGCGCAUAAUAAUUCUAAACAAAAUUGUUUCUCUUGUGCUUUUGAACAUUUCCGAACAAAAAUUGGAAGUACCUUUAUUGGUAUAAAGAAAAAGAAAAUUAUCGUUAAGCAUUCACUGUAUAGGUAUUUAUUUGUUCAUUUUUUUCUAAAAAAAAAGAAAAUAAUUUCCUUUUUAUGUUAGUUUUUUUUUUUUAUAAAAAAAAGAGUUUGAACUGUAUCGCAGCACCAAAAAAUGUUCUAAAGACGGUGUUUCAUUUUUAAAGUGUUUUCACACCAAAAGUAAAGAAAAUUUAAAGAUUUAAUCAAUCGGAACAAUAAAAAUUCGUGAGAAAGUCAAUGCUUAAUUUUGUGGGACGAAAAAUGAAUAAUAUCGAAUUGAGUGUGGUUAAACAAUAAAUUGAAAUAUGGCAUUAUGACAGAAUAAAAAGAAAAGAACACCUUGAUUUCAUUGACUUUUGUCUCAAAAGUAUAAAAAAAAAACAUUUCAAUGUUAACGUAUUUGUGCAACAGAGGCUGCAACACAGAAUCUAUUUAUCUACAAUUUAAUUGAAUAAUGAUGCUAUUUAAACAAAACUCUUACGCACUGUAAAUUGAUAUCUGCAACAAAAAAACAAACUCAUGAAUAUUUUUAACACGAAUUUUUUUCUUUCGUUUUUUCAUUAAAACAUGAUUCUACUUAUAAUUAAAAGUUAAAAGAAAAAUUCUUAGAACGUCGGUUGUGUUGCGGUCAUUUUCAGUCGAUCAGCUGCCAAUCGAUCUGUAUUAGCCUCAAGUCAUAGGGUUUCAUCAAAACAUAUAUUGUAAAAAAAAAAUCACAACAGGUAUGAAUUCUUUUUCGCUUGGUUGUCACUUAGCAAUUUUUAAUGGUUUUUUUUUUAGUUUCUGAUACGACAAAUAAUUCAACCACUUGAAUAACCAACCUCAGAUUCCUUCUUUUGAAUAAAUUUUGCACACAUCACAAAAUCGCAUACUAUUAUUUUCAUUUUAGAAAAUACACUGACACAAUUUUACAACGGAUUGAAAUAUGCGUUAAUGAAAUGCAAACUCAAAUUUACAUUGAACAAAUACACAAAUGUUUCUUUUAAUUUUUAAUAAUCUAAUCAAAAGCAACUCAUCUCUAGUUUUUAUCGUUGAAUCACACCGUUUGAUUCAAACAAAUACACAUUAGCACCCACAACCCGAUUCGAAGAGCAAUCAAAUUGCAACUGGCAUAAAGUCAUAAUAAAAUGAGUGAAAAUCAAUGGAUGAUAAAACGAACAAAUUUUUCGGACAGCCACCUGAAUCAUUUGCACAUUGGUCCAAGUAUGGAAUUUUUCGUUAAUUGAAAAAUGUCUAAAUAAAUAGAAAAAUUCGGCAAUUUUCAGUAUAUUUUCGGGAAUUCAUUUAUUUUAAUUUUAAAAAAACCGAACAUUUUUUUCUUUCCUUUUGAUGAAGCACAAAAACAUCAUUUUAGUAACAUUGAUUUAAUAUUAAUCGAAAAUUGUAAAUAAUACUGGCGAUAGCCCAUUUCACUUAAUCGGAUUUUUUUUUGUAAACAAUUGAAAAUUCGUAAGAUAAAUUGAGUUUGAGUUGAUUCCAAAAAACUGAAGUAGAAACAUUCACAUGGAAUGAGUUGAGAUCGCUUUAACGAAUAUGAAUAAAACAAAAAAAAAACACACCUAAUGUUAAAUGCAAGUUCAUUCGGCUAUUAGCGCAUAGGUUUAGGCAGUUUACUUGCUUUUGUGUAAAAUAAGAAACAUUUCUUUCAGAUUAAAUAUCAUUAUAUUAUUGAUUCAAUAAAUGAAUGACAUCCCCUCCCACACACACACCACACUCACAAUCACAACUCUGCAUAAAAUACAAUUCGGAAGAGUAAAAUAACCAUUUCACAAUGACGUACAUGUGCACAUUAAGAAUGAGUUUAAAACAAAAAACAAACAAACUUGAAUUUAGUGUAUAUUUCAAAUAUAUAGAAAUUUUGUGAAAGAUACAAUUAGUCUAAAAAUUGAAAGAGCUAUUAUAAAUGUCUUAAUUGUUAAUGUAGUUUAGCAUUUUUGUUAUAAGAAACCUAAUUUUAAAUGAAUGGAACUAACGGGGUCGCAAUUAUAUAUUAAAUGAAGAAAUAAAAUCUCUGUAAAUUUUGCAAAUCGAAAAAAA